AUGCCUUCCCUCAAGUCUUCCUCCAUCCAGGCGAUGCUCGCCCUCGCGGCAUCGACCUCGGCCCUUCCCACCCUGCAGAAACGUGCCCAGGCCGCCGAAAACCUGUGUGGCAUGCCCGAUGAUUCGCUCAUCCUCACCGGAACCCCGUGGAUCGUGUACAACAUGAUGUACAACUCGGCUCAGAUCGAGGGCAGUGCCUGCACCGGCUAUGUUGGCACCACGACCGACGCCAACGGCAACCCGGCCGUCAAGUGGAACAGCACCUGGAACAUUGAAUACGUCCAGUCUACCGACAACGUCCCCAAGGGCUACUCGUUCGUUGGCUUGACCCAGAACCUUGAGAACCGCAUCAGCGACAUUGGCUCCAUCCCGACCACCUACGAGUGGACCAGGACCAACACGACCGCCUACAAGGGCAACGUCUGCUACGACUUCAUGACCUCGGACACCAAGGGUGACUCCACCAGCUCCAACGCCCAGGAGCUCAUGCUCUGGCUGCAGUACGAGGGUGGCCAGCUGCCCAUCGGCUGGACUGACGGCGCUGUUGCCACCAUCGACAACCUGUACGGUACUUCGUGGAAGCUCUACCAGGGCAAGAACGAAGACACCGGCAUCACUGUUAGCAGCCUGCUGCCCGACACUCAGUUCACUGGCUCUUUCAGUGGUGACAUCAAGGACUGGCUUCUUGCCUUGGUCAAGCAGGGUGUCUUUACUGAGAGCACCUACGUGAACGUUGGCAAUGCCGGCACUGAGCCCUUCUACGGCGAUGCCGUCUUCGAGGCCACCCUUGGCCUGCAGGUUAACGUCGGAUCCAGCUCGUCUGUUGCCCCUGUUUCUUCUGUGGCCCCUACCACCACCGCUGCCCCAUCUUCCACCAAGGCCCCUGCAUCCACUGAGGCACCUGUUUCCACCGAGGUUGCCACAUCUUCUACCCCCGCCGUCGCGCCGUCCAGCGCUGUGGCCAUCAACAUCCCCUCCUCCAGCAGCACCCUCGCCGUCGAAUACACCCCGACCCCGCUGGCCACCUCGACGGCUGCGGCCACUACUCCCGCCUCCGCCGCCGCCUCCUCAGCCGCCGUCGACGGUGCCAACGCGUCUUCAUCCUCCUCCGUCGAGGCACCCGCUUCCUACACCACUUCCCCCGCAGCUGAAACACCCGCGCUAAGCACCCCAGCCAUCCCCACCACCAGCGCUGCUGACUCCGCUAUCCCUACAGGUAACUCCGGUCACCACUCCGGAUCCCACAGCUUCGCCGGUAACGGCGCCGCCGCCCCAACUCCUGGAUUCGACGCCGGUGUUUCCGGCGAGAACGGCCAGGGCCAGAGCCAGGGUCUUGCUCCCGCCGAGGGCGAUGAGGAUGGCCCCUGCGCGGUUGAAUACAUCUACGUAUGA